AUGACCGAACACCACUCCCUCACCCUCCCCCAAUUCAAACCCGACAACGCCUCCGAAACAACCACAGCCCAAAACCUCCUCACCCCACCCCCUGAAGAACAACCAGACCAAGAAGGAGACCAAGAACCCCCCCUCUCCCAAACCGAAAACCAAUAUCAAUACCAAGACCAAGACCAAAACCAAGACCAAGACCACGACCCCCAACCAACCACCUUCAUCCUCGAAGAUGUAAAAACAUACCUAACCACCAACCUCUUCCGCGCCAGUGUCCGUGCGAGCUCCCAUAUCUCCACCUCUUUGGACUUCCUACACGCGCAUCCGGUUAUCGCGACCUUGCUCUUGGCGCAGUUUGUUUGCUCGUGCGUGCCGAUCGGGUUGUUUGUCGCUGGGGCGGUGAUUGCGGCGUCGCUGGCUGUGGCGCUGUAUUCUUGUGUGGCAGUUUUGGUGCUCGCGCCGGUGGUGAUUGGGACGAGUAUCUUGGGGUUCUGUGUCUGGGGGUGGGGGUGGGUUGUUUUUGUGGUUGGGAGGUGGGUUUUGGGAGUUGUUGUUGAUGGGGAGAGGGGGGGAAGUUUGAAUGGGGAUUUGGAUGAGGAUGGGGGGAGGGAUUGA